CCCGCUCUCCAGACGCGAACUUCUGCGCGGAGCGAGCGAAUCGUUUUCGCGGAGACUGAAAUGAGAUUCGGCGUGGAAAAACUGCAGAUAAUCUGAUCGGAUGUGUGUUUAUGAUGGAUGUGACGCUGUUCUUCUCUGUCGUUUGUGUUAUUUGUGCGGCUGCGGGUUCAGAAACAAUCCGGUCUUCCAGACCACUGCUGCUGUCUGAUGGAUUGUGUCAGUAUGGAUGGACCAGAAACUUAAAGGGCCAGUGCAGACCCGUGUGUGAGUCGGGCUGUAAACACGGCGAGUGUGUUGGACCGGAUCAGUGCCGCUGUCAUCCAGGAUUCACCGGCAAGACCUGCAACCAAGAUGUGAACGAGUGUGCGUUCAGGCCGUGCAAGUACAGGUGUAUGAACACACCGGGCAGUUAUAAAUGCUACUGUCUCAACGGCUACAUGAUGAUGGCUGACGGCACGUGUCGCAACGCUCGUACGUGUGCGAUGGCUAACUGUCAGUACGGCUGUGCAGUGAUGAAAGGCGAGGUCAGAUGUCAGUGUCCGUCUCCAGGGCUGCGUCUCGCUCCUGACGGCAGGACGUGUGUCGAUGUGGAUGAGUGUGUGACGGGUCAAGCCUCGUGUCCAAGGUUUCGUAAGUGUGUGAACACGUUCGGCAGUUACGUCUGCAGAUGCCACGAAGGGUUUGAGCUUCGGCACAUCAACGGAAAAUACCACUGCACAGAUAAAAAGUUUUCAUCUAUUUGCUAUGACAAGCCUGGACACAAGAAAUGCAAAUGCACGCCGAACGUUGAUGGAAAGGGUUACGACUGCAAAUCUGUUUUUAAAGUCACCGUUGAGCCUGCAAGACCAGUCCAUGUUACAGUCAGCCUGACAACCAUCUCCACGGCAACAACUCCCAUGACAACCACCAGAGAAACAACUACAACAACAACCACGACAACAACUACAGCCGCUCCCACGACUACAGUUACUAUAGCAACUUCUGUUCCGACAAGCACUGCUGUGACGACAGUAACACCGACUACUGUUGCUAUAACAACAACAACAACAACAGCUACAACUACAACUGUUGCUACGACCACAAGUCCAACUACAACAUCCACAUCACCAGCACCGACAACUGCAGACACACUUCCAACUACAACCACAACAACAGCAGCACCUGUAGUGAGAACAACCGCACAGAUGAGCUCAACUACAACACUAGACAACCGCAUUCACAGAGAGAACACAGCCAAACCACGAGGAGAUGUGCACAUUCCACGUUACGAGAACAACCUGUUUGACUGGGACUUUGAUGUUGAGCUGGGAAACACAGAGGAGUUUAUACGAGACGAUCCAGCCGCUGCUGUUGUGAGCUGCUCAUUUGAUGAGGGUUUGUGCAUUUGGAUGACGGACUCAGAAGGAGAUCUGAAAUGGGAAAUCAAAGACGACCCCGCUGGUGGGCGGUACCUGUCAGUACCAGAGGCUACGAACAGACGGAGUGUCAAAGGGGCGCGGCUUACGGUGCCGCUGGCCCCUCCCACAAAGGCGUGGCAGGGCGGCGACCUCUGUCUGUCAUUCAGACACCGUCUCCAUGGACACCACAUUGGCUCGCUGCAGGUGUUUGUCAGGAAGGGGCGGAGUCACAAUCCAUCCAUCUGGAACAGGACCGGAGGACACGGCUGGAGACACGCCCACAUCACACUUGAGGGGCGGGGCCUUGUUGAUAUUGUGCUGAAGGCAGAGAGACGGCGAGGGAAGCAUGGAGAAAUCGCUGUGGAUGAUUUUAGUCUGAGACGAGGAGCCUGCAGUGAUGGACACGACAGGACAGUGUGACACACACACACACACACACUGUGUGUAAUGAAACUGUCCCGCAGGAGCAGACAGGUCAACAUUUAUAUUCAUGAGGACAUCCACAUCUUUAUUUACCAUGAAUCUGCAGAUUUGUGCAGAACUGCACCAAAUUGCCUUGCAUAUUUAUUAAAUGUUAUUGAUUAUUUUGUUUUCGGAUAACAGUAAGAGUGUUGGUGCUAUCGGCGUUUGCAUAUAUGCAUUCAAUUUGACAGAUUUCACCCCAAAAUCAGCACAGAAUGUGAAGCACAUCUGACACAUAAUACCUGAUCAGUAUAUUCAUCCACAAACACAAAAACUCUUAUUGUGUCGUAAACGUCUUACAGGGUGAGUCUCAUGUGAAAAUCUGUCCAGGUCACAUUUCAGAGUCAAAGGAAAUUAUAUUUUGUAGUUUUUUCUACUAUGAUUAUAGUAUGAUUUCUGUUUAUUUUCUUAUUUAAUGCAUCCAUUACUUUUUUCAGUAUUUCCAUUAAUGAUCAUUCUUAUUUAACCUUUUAACUGUCAACCCAUCUGAAUCAAAAGAUUCACAAAACCGCUCUUAAAGUUCCGAUGUAAAUCAAAUGAUUUGUAAAAUGAUUUGCAACCUCCCUCUGAAGUUCCAAUUUGAAUCAAAAGAUUUGCGAACCUGCUCCUAAAGUUUCGAUCUGACUCAAAUGAUUCACGGAAUUAUUCACAAAACUCGCUCUGAAUUUCCAGUCUGAAUCAAAAGAUUUGCGAACCCGCUCCUAAAGUUUCAAUCUGAAUCAAAAGAUUCACAAAACCUCCUAAAGUUCUGAUCUAAAUAAAAGGAUUUGCAAAAUGAUUUGUGAACCCGCUCUUAGGUUCCAAUUUGAAUCAAAAGAUUUGCAAACCGCGAAAUGAUUCACAAACUCGCUCCGAAUUUCUGAUCUGAAUCAAAAGAUUUGCAAAACUGCUCUUAAAG